AUGGAAUUCAGGCAGAGAGCGGGCAGGAGGGCGAGCGAGGGCUUUGGGCUGGCAUGUGAUAGGCGUGGACGCGGCCUCUCCCCCGCGCCCCCUCCCCCGCCGAGCAGCGCCGAGCCGCGAAGCCGCCGGGAGNCACUGCUGCUCCGCGCGCACCCGGCCGUCCUCUCCGAGCGCUGCACGGAUGAGAAGAGCCGGCGCAUCCUGGCCGCGCUGUGCCGGGAGUACGAGGGCGGGGUGCUGGUGGGAGACCUGUGUGAGGACCUGUGCGUGGCGGGGAAGCUGCUUUACCAGCGCUGUCUCUACUACGAGAGGGGCAAGAAGGUGCUGCAGGCCGACUGGCGCGGCCGCCCCAUCAUCCUCAAGUCCAAGGAGGAGGCCUUCUCCAGCUUCCAGCCGCUCGGCCUGCUGGAGGACGCGGCCGACGAGGGCGGCCAGGGCGUCCCCGAGGCAGAGCUGCUCCUGCUGGUGGCCGGCGAGGUCAAGAACGCCCUGGGCCUGGAGCUGUCCGGCGGCAGCCUGGGGCCGCUGUGGCCGGGCAGGCGCGGCCCUCGCUGGCGGGGGCAGCUGGCCAGCCUGUGGUCCCUGCUGCAGCAGGAGGAGUUCGUCCUCUUCAGCCUGCUGCAGGACCUGAGCCGGCACGCCCUGCCCGUGCUGGGCUCCUGCGGCCACUUCUACGCGGUGGAGUACCUGGCCGCUGGCAGCCCCCGCCACAAGACCCUCUUCCCCCUCGAUGGGGCUGCAGGGGCGCCCCGGGGCGGCCAGGGCCAGGCCAAGGCCGUCAGCGACAUGGCGCUCAGCUUCCUGGACAUGGUGAGCCACUUCGAGGACGACUUCUCUCACCGCCUCCACCUCUGCGACGUCAAGCCUGAAAACUUUGCCAUCAGGAGUGACUUCACGGUGGUGGCCAUCGACGUGGACAUGGCCUUUUUUGAACCUAAAAUGAGGGAAAUUCUCGAGCAAAACUGCACGGGAGAUGAAGACUGCAAUUUCUUUGACUGUUUUUCAAAGUGUGAUUUGCGUGUCAACAAGUGCGGAGCGGAAAGAGUCAACAGCAACCUGCAGGUAGGGGCCGCCCCGCUGGGCUGGGGACAUCGCGUUCUCCGGGAGCGAGGGGCACUCUGCUCAUGGGGUCCAGGUCACCCCUUCCAUGCCACCUGGGCUCCAUGUGCUCAGCGGGUAUGGGGACAGCGGGAGGCAGUGUCGUCUGCCCCAUGGGGUUGUCGGCCAAAUGACCCCACGGGGGUCUUCUGCAUGCAGCAGCCAGCUGACCCCAUUGCUGGGCUCCCUGUGUCCUCCUAACAUAUUCCUUUUCUAACUUAAAAUUCUACUCAAAAAAAAUGUCCUUGCCCCAAUUGACAGAGCGAAAGAACAGAAUUUUUUAAAAUUUCAGAGACAGACAUAACGACAGGUAGUUCUCGGGCCAGCAGAAGUUAGCUGGGUUAUGCAGGAAUGGUGCCGGUCAGCCCGGUAGCUCCAAUUUCACUCCUGCCUAAACUAGCUUCCAGAGGGCUCGAGUAUUUACUCACAAAAAAUAGGAUGCUAAAUGUACCAGAGAAAAACUGGGAGAAUUUAAAAUAUUACCCGAGAGUAAGGAAGGACUUUCUGAGUAUGGAACACAGCUCAGAGGCCACAGGAAGAACACGUGACCGAUUUCACUAUCUUGAAAAUAUCCAUAUAGUGGAAACAAAAGAAACCCCCCCUUCCGUAAAUACGAGCAAAAUUUAAAAGUUAAAUGAUAAAAUGGGCAAAAUGUUUGCAAUUGCUGGUACAGAUCAGGAGAGCAGGGGACAGAGGGGUCCUCAUGCACCCGCUGCUGUCGAGGCUCAGAGAGUGUCCCCCAGCACUGUCCUUCCCCACCAGAGUUUCUUUGCCAUGGCUACUCCAUGUGCCAGGACCAGCGUCCAGGGACUGGGCAGUGGGAGCAGGGGCAUACACAAAGCCCCGUCUCCGGCCUCAGUAAGGAACACUGGAAGAUUUCCUUCUCCCUCAGAUCCACGGAGGUGUGGUUCCCAGGAACGCACCUCAAUAAAUCCCUGCCUACAAACCUCCCUCUUAGAGUCCACUCUCCUGGAAGCCAACCAAAGCAAGGGGAUGUCCUGACGAUAUAAAAAGUGUCUGAGAAUUAAUAUGAAAAAAGCCAACUAUCUUAUGGAAGUGUGAGCAAAGGACAUCAACUUGACCAUUCACUGAAAAG